AGAAUUAAUACUCCCAUGUAUGACCUGAUAAUCUAUGGUACAAAGCCUGGAGAAGAACUCAUGCCAUCAAAAGAAUACAAUGUUGCUGUUAGAUCUCUUAACCCAAAGAAGUUUUUCCUGAAAUUUCGACUUGUCUCCGAGUCCGAAGAUGAAGUUUGUGGUUUCGGCAAUUUCCGCCAGAAGCCGUAUGACAAGUACCAAGCACUGGAUGAAUGUCCUUUUAUGAUUACAAAUCGAGGUGAUAAUAUAAAGUCAAUGUCCAAAAUAACAAUUAGAUGGACGACUCCUGAAUGUGGAUGUGUCAGAUUAAGCGCUGUUAUUAUCUCAGACGAUGAGACCAGUCACAUUGCCAACGAUGACCAUUUAACA